CUGCAUUUAGGGCUCGCUAAUCUCAGUGUCUUGCGACCAGCUCAAUCUUUCAGAUGCCUGCCUAGGUACACGUCAAUUCUGAACAUAUAUUCCAAUGUCGACUCAACCCCCUUGCCUUUUUGACAUUACCAUAGUCUUGGUAGCCUCGUAUUAUCGAGAAAUGAGAUGGUGAAUUGUGACUCGCUUGGAAUGGUGCUCGAGAACAGGCCAUGCAUUGGCGUGAUCCGUGAUUCACGAGCACAAGGCAGACAUACACAGACGUGGCACUGUGGAGCACUUCGCCAUAGAGAUCAGUUGCUGCGAAUGGCGGUCGCGACACUGUCGUACAGAAUAGCUGUCAUGGAGUGCAGUGACAUAUGCGGGAAGGCUUUGCAAGUCUGGCGUUGUGGCACUGCAUAUCCUUCACAGCAGUGGCUCUUUCUGUCACCCAGCCGGGGAAUUUUUAUCAAAUAGCAUGUACGAUUUACCGGGCAACAGCUGCCACAGUGCCUGACAUCAGGAACGCUAGCUCAUCGUGUGACGGGACAUCGAGCACAUGCUACAUUGUCUCGGUUG